AUGCGUCCAGUCCUCCCCCUCCUAUCCCUCCUCCUCCUCCCCCUCGCCCUCAGCGCAGAGGUCACAACCGAAUACACCGUCACCCACACAUGCACGCGCAAGACCCAGCGCGGCGACAGUAUCGCCGUCCACUACCGCGGUACGCUCGCCGCCGACGGCACCGAGUUCGACGCCAGCUACAACCGGGGCAAGCCGUUGGACUUUACCGUCGGCAAGGGGCAGGUCAUCAAGGGGUGGGAUGAGGGUUUGUUGGACAUGUGCAUUGGUGAUAAGAGGACGUUGACGAUCCCGCCGGAGUUUGGCUACGGGGAGAGGGCUAUGGGGCCUAUUCCUGCGGGGAGCACGCUCGUUUUUGAGACGGAAUUGGUGGGGAUUGAGGGGGUGACGAAGGAUGAGCUGUGA